UAUAUGAAAUUCUCUUUAAAAUUUAAUAGAAUAUUUUUAGCAAACGAGUGAGUAAGCGCUAGAAUUUUCUAUCAAUUAAAAAAAAAUGUAAAAUGUGGAAUAUUUGAAAUCCAUGUAACAAUAUACAUAAUGUAUCUAUACGUCUUAUGAUUAAAAAAUAUAUAAAAAGUUAUACAUAUAUACAUAUAUGUACAAAUUUUUUGUUUUUAUACACGAAAUUCUCGAUUCUAUUUCAAUUGAUUUUUUAAUAAGCCAAUGUCCUCUUUUUAAUUUUUUAGAAGACAUAAAGCACGUUAUAAAUGAAAAUAAAUAACGUAUUUAACAUUUCUAAUGUGAACACAGUAUCCGUUAGAGACGUAAAUUUACAUGAAUAUUUAUAAAUUUCCCUUUGGUAUAUUUGGGGAUCUGAUCAUCGAAAUGUCAAGGCUGAAAGUUUGGUGAUCUCUUCUUCUGCACGGAUGUGUGUUCUCAGCGGAAAGGUGAUUUUCAUUUAAUACCGCACGGCGUUCACUGAUUCAUUCAAGAAACCAAAAAGAAGUGGGAUAUACCCCUAAUAAUGUUCUUAGUCAUCCGCGAGCGCAAAUUACACAACUAUAAGUGGGGAAGGUACGGUUCUCGAGGAAGGGAGACCGAAGAACAAAACGGUAUCCCAAGUGGUGACGAUUCGGCGAUGAAGUCACUAAGAGACGACCGCGUCGCUCAGUUCCCGAAACGUAAGCGUGAGGCACGCAUCGACGAAUCCAAGCGAGACGAGACAACCCCGACGAGAUGCGCGUGCCCGUGGCGUCGAUGGUCCUCGUGGUGUUGUUCUUGGUUACGCGAGUCUAUACCCACAUAAUCGCGUGGCGGGAAACAAGGAGGGAGGGACCUAUACGGGACGCGAUCGAGAGCGGCGCCGCCGCCGAGUACAACAAGGACGACUGCGUCUGGAGGCGUGGAAACGACCGGGACGUCUGUCCGGAUCCGGAUGUACACGUGUAUCUAUACACACCGGGCCGACCGCGACGUCUGCUAGAUCCCCUGGAGCAGUCCGACUGGCUGCGGCUGGAUUACGAUCCGACCAAGAAUAACGUGAUCCUAAUUCACGGAUACGCAGGUGGCGACGACACAUUACCGAUGGCAAUAUUGCGUGACGCUUACCUGAGAAACAGUAGCUAUAAUGUGUUUCUGGUCGACUGGGGUGCGUUAUGCGCCCGACCGUGUUAUCCAGCUGCGGUGACGAAUCUACGACCGGUAGCAAGGUGUCUCGCCGACACUCUAACAAUCUUGAGAAACCUUGGCAUGCCGAUCUCCAGGACCACCUGCGUCGGACAUUCUUUAGGUGCUCACGUUUGUGGCAUUAUGGCUAAUUACCUUCUCUUCAGGAUGCACAGGAUAAUCGGCUUGGAUCCCGCGCGUCCGCUUCUCCGGCCCGGCAUGGUGAAUCGUCUGGACGCCGGUGACGCCGAUUUCGUCGAGGUGAUACACACCAACGCCGGAUACUACGGCGAGGUUGGUCGCGUCGGCCACGUGGACUUUUGCGUGAACGGCGGAAAGAUACAACCUUUCUGCGCGAACCAGGAGAUGUACCAGCUAUGUAGCCACAUGUGGGCGGUCUGCUUCAUGGCGCAGAGCGUGGACGACGGUGGCGCGAGCAUGAUCGCGGAGUCGUGCUCCAGGAGAUGUCCAUCGGGUCCGAGAACCACCGCCAGGGCGGGAGAAUACUUGACGAUGGGACAGCACACCCCGACCAAUGCCAGAGGGUCCUUCUGCUUCAGCAACCCUGAUCCGCCGUACUGUCCGAGAUACCAGAGUGGCCACGGCGACGAGAGAUGCUGCAUUUCAGAAAUAACGGGCAAUGAAAAGACAGAAGAGAACAAUGUGAAGUAUGACAACUCAACGAAGCACUUCAAAUCAACGAGCCGAUCGAACUUCGAUUUUGCCUUAACACGAUUUCAAUUUGUCAAUUGAUUCAGAAUUAACGGAGGAAUUACGUAUAUGUUAUUGAUUGCAUUAAAUUCAUUUGUUAAUAGAUAAAUAAAUUAUUAUAUCUUUACAUUCGUAGAGGCUCUAUGAGAGGUGUUGCGUUUGUAGAUAUUUUAUUUUAAUAUUAUUUUAAUAUUAUUUUUUCAUUAAAUAUCUUUUCUUGAACGAGCAUCUAGCAGAAAAAAGAGAGAUCUUUGUUUAUGGAGUUUAUAAAAUUUAUAAAGUUUAUACAUGUAUAAAGAUUUAAUUGUUUGCGACCAACUGUAUGAAAAUGAUUUCUAUGCUUAGAAAUAGAAAUGAUUGGCCCAAGAUUUGUCAGAUGUUUUGAACUUUGUUAGAAAGAAAAAAUACAUUUUUUUAAAUUUAUCUUACAUGGUUUAGGAAAUAUUAUUUUAUGUAAUUUACAUGUUGAUAGGCGAGUGAGAUUCUUACGUUAACUUAUCCGACCUUCGAAAGAAGACGCGUAAACCGAUCUGGGAAUGCGAGGCCGUCGAUUACGUAUUCGCAUCGCGGUGUGACACGUUCCGGAAAAAUCUCGCGUUCGUAAUACAGCCAUACCGUUACGCGCUCCACUAACUGUCACCGAACAUAUUUGUGACAAUAAUAAAACGAUCGAUCGAUAGAUUUAGGAUUUCGUAAAUAUUAUUAAAACUUCUUAUGUCUCAAAAGAUAGAAUUUGUAAACAAUAUUAAUAUUAUUUAUGCAAAGAAUUAAGAAAAAAAUUUUUGAAAUAAAAAUUAAUAGAUUAUUUCUUCAAGAAAAAUUUUAAAAAAUUAAGUCUACAAAAAAAUAUAUUAUAAGUUCAAUUAAUUAAGAGAUAGGACGAAGGACUUCUUUUCCUGAGAUAGCUUUAGUUUUUAGCAUAAACAUAAUAUUUAAAAUAUAUGUUAUUUAUUAAAGAAAAUUAUACUUAUUAAAUAUGAUCUUGGUUUUCAUUUAUUAUUAAAAUAAAAAUUUAAUUUUAAAGGGGCAAAGAUCUCGUUUUCUCGAAGCAACUUGAACCACAGAUAUUCUAUAAUAAUGUUAGGCAUGCAUAAAAUUUCAUGUCGAUCUUA